AUGAAAAAGUUCUAUAAUGUCUAUUUCCUCUGUGGUUUCAUCACCCUGGGUGGUGGCCUCUUUGGUUUCGAUAUCUCGUCCAUGAGUGGUGUUUUGGGAACCCGUGCCUAUGUCAACUACUUUCAGGUGGGUAGCGGUCAGUACAAGCAGGGUGGCAUCACUUGUGCGAUGCCCUUCGGCUCGCUCGUUGGUUCUCUAUGCUCGAGUUUCAUCGCCGAUCGUUACUCUCGUGUCACCGCGAUCCAAUUCUCGUCUCUUCUGUGGAUUCUUGGCUCCAUCUUUAUGACCGCUUCAAAUGGCAUCGCUCUCCUGGUCGUCGGCCGUGUGAUCGCUGGUCUUUGUGUCGGCAUAGCAUCUGCUAUGGUCCCUGUCUAUCAGGCAGAGGUUGCUCCAAAGGAAAUUCGUGGUCGGGUUAUAUCCCUGCAGCAAUGGGCCAUUACCUGGGGUAUCUUGAUCCAGUUCUUCAUACAAUAUGGCGCAAGUAACAUUGACGGCGGUCCCGACAAUGAAACCCAGAGCACCGCAGCCUUUCGCAUUCCAUGGGGCAUCCAAAUUGUACCCGGUGUCAUUCUCUUCUUGGGUCUCUUCUUCUUUCCCAAGUCGCCCCGUUGGCUUGCUAGCAAGGAUCGCUGGGAAGAAGCAUUGGAAGUGCUGGCCCAUCUGCAUGGAAAAGGAGAUGUCAACCACCCUAAAGUCCUAGCCCAGUAUCGGGAAAUUGAGGAGGCAUUGGCUCUCGAGCGCGAACAAUCAUCCACCAGCUACCAGGAACUGAUCAAGCCUCGCAUUGCCAAGCGUGUGUUCCUCGGUAUGAGCUUGCAGAUGUGGUCCCAGCUGAGUGGUAUGAACGUGAUGAUGUACUACAUUGUGUAUAUCAUGCAGAGCACAGGGGCCGGCAGCCCUCUCCUGACUGCUUCUAUCCAGUACAUUCUGAACACAGCCCUGACCUUGCCCGCUAUCCUCUACCUCGAUAAAUUCGGCCGUCGUCCUGCUAUCUUGAUCGGCUUCGCCCUCCAGUCUAUCUUCCUAUACAUUGAAGGAGGUCUGCAGGCUGGGUUCGGUAAGCCCAAUCCACACACCGACCCUAAACUAGAUGCCAUCUCCUGGACUGUGGCGGAUCACCCGGCAGUUGGGAAGGCGAUCAUUGCACUCUCGUACCUCUUCGUCUGCUCCUUUGCCACAACCAUUGGCCCUACUUCCUGGACGUACCCUGCGGAGAUCUACCCGGCCAAGGUCCGUGCAAAGGCCGUCUCGCUUGCCACCGCCUCGAACUGGAUCUGGAAUUGUCUUCUCGCCUUGUUCGUUCCGCCUCUGUUGUGGUCGAUCAACUGGAAGAUGUACAUGAUUUUCGCUGCCUUCAACUCUGCUGCGUUCAUCCACAUGUUCUUUACCGCCCCCGAAACCAAGGGUUAUACACUGGAGGAAAUGGACGAAGUCUUCGAUAGCGGCCUUCCCGCCUGGCGGAAGCUUAACAAACGUAGCAGACUUGAUGAGCUCGAACAGGAGAUAGCGGAAGGUAACCUCAAGGUCGCUGCCCAUGGUGAGAAGGACGGCCCCGUUGCUGCUACUUUCGAGACGGUGGAGAGGCAGGUUUAG